AUGUAUGUGAAAUGCUUUGAUACAGUAAUGUUUUACUAUGUGAUUUUAGUGAAUUUAGUGAAUGUCACUUUUUGUCAUUUUCAAAUUUCAUGCUGUUCCGUCCCCAUACGUCCCGACGUCGCAGGGGACGGAACCCAGAAGACGGAUGACAUUACAAGGGACACUGCAGGGGGGAAAUCGUGGGAGCGCAGGACAAGGUAAGAGAAGAACAGAUCCUGGAGCAGCGCCGCAUGGUAAGCCCGAGUGUAGCUCGGGGUUACCGCUUGUGCUACAAUCGGGAAUACCGCCAGGGAGGCUA